AUGCAAGUCGGAUUUCGUCCUCGCCUUCGGGCGCGGCCAUCAUUGGUUGACUUGCUUGUUCGCGGGAAGCAGGAUGGCGCUGCUGAUGGUUCGCCGCCAGUGUCACCGCCAAACCCGCCAGCUGCCCAGGCGACUGGCACUGGCGACUCGAAGACCUACUUGCAGGUCCCUGGCAGUGACUCUGCACACACCAUUGGUGGUCCUUCAGCGACAGAAGGCUCAGAAGCAGGCACGGGCCCCGGUCCUACAUCAUCAUCCCCACUUUCCCAUGCAGCAGAAGGAGGACCACCGCCGUCCACUCGUACCGUUCCCAGCUGGAGCACCACGAGUUCCACGCAAUACCGGGAGGAGGUACUUCCAGUACGUGCACUGGAGCCGCAGCCGCAUCCACACCCGACCAGCCAACCUGUCACAGUGGGCGUCGAAGCUCUGGAAAUAGCUUCUGCUCAACCUCUACCAUCGUCUCCUCCAACAACACCUCGACGAUAUCCAUCCAACCCGCCCUCCCCCUCAACCGCCGACCCUUCUGCACCUUCGAUCGACUCUCCCCUUGUGACGACGCUACACGAGUCGAGCCCUGCUCGCGUCGAACAGCCCAUCAUGCCUCCUAAGCAGAAGAAAGAAGCCAAGGUCGAGCAGGAGGAAGACCUCGGACAUGGCAAGAUCUUCUCCGUCUCAGGACCUGUCAUUGUCGCCGAGGACAUGAUUGGUGUUGCUAUGUACGAGUUGGUUAGAGUCAGUCACGAUAACCUAGUCGGUGAAGUCAUUCGAAUCAACGGCGAUCAAGCAACCAUCCAGGUCUACGAGGAGACCGCUGGUGUCACUGUCGGUGACCCCGUCUACCGUACCGGAAAGCCCCUCUCCGUCGAGCUCGGCCCCGGUCUGCUCAACGGUAUCUACGAUGGUAUCCAAAGACCUCUCGAGAAGAUCAGCGAAAUUUCGAAGACCAUUUACAUUCCCCGCGGUAUCGCCGUCCCCGCCCUCGACCGCAAUAAGAAGUGGGAUUUCGAGCCUUCCGCCAAGGUUGGCGACCACAUCUCUGGCGGUGACGUCUGGGGUACCGUCAACGAGAACUCGUUCAUUUCCGUCCACCGAAUCCUGCUUCCUCCUCGUGCCCGCGGUACCAUCACCAAGAUCGCCAGCAAGGGACAAUACACCGUUGCCGAGCCCCUUCUCGAGGUCGAGUUUGAUGGCAAGAAGACCGAGUACCCCAUGAUGCAGACGUGGCCUGUGCGAGUCCCUCGCCCUACCACUGAGAAGCUCCAGGCAAACGAGCCCUUCAUCGUCGGUCAGAGAGUGCUGGACGCCCUUUUCCCUAGUGUCCAGGGUGGUACUGUCGCCAUUCCGGGUGCUUUCGGUUGUGGCAAGACUGUCAUUAGUCAGUCUGUGUCCAAGUUCUCCAACAGCGAUGUCAUCGUCUACGUCGGCUGUGGUGAGCGCGGAAACGAGAUGGCCGAAGUCCUGAAGGAUUUCCCCGAGCUCACCAUUGAUGUCGACGGUCGCAAGGAGCCCAUCAUGAAGCGUACCACCCUCAUCGCCAACACCUCCAACAUGCCUGUCGCUGCUCGUGAAGCUUCCAUUUACACCGGUAUCACGGUCGCUGAGUACUUCCGUGACCAGGGUCUCGAUGUUGCCAUGAUGGCUGACUCUUCCUCGCGUUGGGCUGAGGCUCUUCGUGAAAUUUCUGGUCGUUUGGGAGAGAUGCCAGCUGACCAAGGUUUCCCCGCCUACCUCGGUGCCAAGCUUGCCUCUUUCUACGAGCGUGCCGGCCGCGUCGUGUCUCUCGGCUCACCCGAGCGAAAUGGCAGUGUCAGCAUUGUGGGUGCCGUCAGUCCCCCUGGUGGUGAUUUCUCCGAUCCUGUCACUACUUCAACUUUGGGUAUCGUACAGGUCUUCUGGGGUCUUGACAAGAAGCUCGCCCAGCGAAAGCACUUCCCCUCCAUCAACACCUCGCUUAGUUACUCCAAGUACACCAUGGUUCUCGACAAGUGGUAUGAGAAGGAUUACCCCGACUUCCCCCGUCUUCGUGACCGCAUCAGGCAGCUCUUGUCCGACUCUGAGGAACUUGACCAGGUCGUGCAGCUGGUCGGAAAGAGUGCGCUGUCCGACCCCGACAAAAUUACCCUGGAUAUCGCCGCGCUUCUGAAGGAAGACUUCUUGCAGCAAAACGGUUACUCAGACUACGACCAAUUCUGCCCGUUGUGGAAGACGGAGUGGAUGAUGAAGCUCAUGGUCGGCUUCCACGACGAGGCGCAAAAGGCUAUUGCUCAAGGCCAGAGCUGGGCCAAGGUCCGCGAGGCUACUGGUGACUUGCAGGCCAAGCUGCGUCAACUCAAGUUCGAGGUUCCCUCUGAGGGCCAGGAGGCUAUUGAGAAGAAGUACGAGGACAUCCAGCAGCAGAUGCUGGACAAGUUUGCCUCUGUUGUUGACGAGUAA